AUGCAACAUAGCGAAUUCCGACCGUGGCGUUGUGGUGACUCGUGGAAAUUUCCAGUCCCCAACCCUAAGCCGAAUAAACAUUGGGAAGAAUGCCAUGAUCUCGUUCAGAAGUAUGACGAAGAUACAUUCAAAGCCUGGAAAGGAGAGGUCGAUAAUCUUCUGAUUUUUGCUGGUCUUUUUUCGGCAACUGUAACUUCCUUCACGAUAGAGUCCUACCGGUGGCUCGUCGAAGAACCUGAUGACCAGGCCAUCCAGAUUCUCGCCCACAUGUCAAUGCAACUUAAAGACUUGCAAAACAAUUCAACCACACCGCCGUAUAUAGUGGAUGAGUUUUCCGUAUCUGCAUCCGAAGUCCGUAUCAACGUUUUGUGGUUCCUAAGCCUGACCUUGAGCAUGGCCACAGUGCUGAUUGGAAUACUGUGUAUGCAAUGGCUACGCGAAUUUGGCAGAGAUGCGGCACGCUCGCACAAGGAUGCAAUUGCGAUACGUCAAAUGCGCUACGAGGGGCUGCACAUCUGGAAAGUACCCCUAAUCCUCUCGCUCCUGCCGCUCCUACUGCAACUCGCUCUGGUACUCUUCUUCGCGGGGAUGCUCGAGUUGCUCUGGGCCCACAAUCAUACCGUCGCGAUAUGGAUCAGUGUCGUCGUCUUUCUGGUGCUCCUUCUCCUCGUACUCACCACCGUUCUCCCGGCACUUCAGAGCCACUUCACCAAAGACCCGUUCCUCAAGGUCGGCCAGUGCCCAUACAAGUCUCCGCAAGCCUGGGCGUUCUAUCGACUGACCAUCCACCUCGCCCGCGCCCACAAACUCAUGCUCGAAUGGAGUGCCCGGUUUGCGCUGUGCAUGCGUAAGCAGGUACUGAGCGACAUCGAGGACGAUGCUGGGUUUGACGUGACCGCUGACACCGCGUCCGCCAGCGGGCUCUCACACUUCAACCGACUUGUGCGUGCCGACCUCGACAAGAACUGGUGCGACUACGACGUACGCUGGCGGCUCAUGCGCGACGCGACAUACCUCGACCCCGAAACAGGCGAGCCAUCCGGUUACCAGGACGGUGAUGAUAUCGUGCGUGGGCUCAUGUGGAUCGACCAGACAUUCUCCGAGGACAUCGACACGGUGUAUUAUAUCUACCACUGUCUGUACGAUUUGAAUAGCACGCAGGCGGCGCAGCUUGUUGGUGCGCUCGAUCCUGAAGUCGCGUAUCUACCCCAGCUGCUCUUGCCUACUGACGAACCCGCGCUAUAUGCUAACUCGCCGAUCGAGGAUCUGCAGGUCGAGGAGCAUAUUUAUAUGGUGUUUUUAUGGUUGCACAGGCAUAUACAUCCUAGCUUGCAUAAUUCGUAUCUGGAAUGUAUGAUCAGGCUUAUGAAUUCGAACUCGCGAUGUGUCCCACGGCUAGCACUACGCCAAUGCGAUGAGGACCUGGACGAACUUUCCGAUGAAACGGUGUACCAAUUCCUCCAUAGCUUCAAACUCGUCGUCCAAAACGACGCCAUCACCAAAGAACAAGGCUCCGACAUCUGGGCCUUCCUGCGGGACGUCUAUGCGCGCCACCCUGGUAUCCACAGCCCACUCAUGCACCUCACCUUCGACAUCUUUGCGCAAUUCCACGCCUGGCUCCGCCCCUACGCCGGCCCACUCGCUCUGAACGAUGUGGACUACCGACACCGCGUUGAGACGUGCGCCGUCGGACUCACGCGCGUCGUCGCUCUUCUUGAUGCUCAAGCGAUCGAGAUGCUGCGCGACGAGAUCGGGGAACGGUUCGAGAGUUUGGAAGAACUGGUGAAGGAGAUCGAUGCAGCGAUGCGGAGGGUCAUUGGGCAGAGCGCCAUUCUACAUGGGUUGAAUAAACGCAGGUGGCCCGAGGUCAUUGGGAAGGUGUUGGGUCCUGCUGGUGCGACCAAUAGUACUGGUACUGGUACGGGGAGCCAGGAGAAGGAGGGUCAAGCAGCACCUACGUCGGUUUCGAUCUCGGUUUCGGUUUCGCAUGCGCUACCAGUGGCUGUCCAGGACAAUCCCCCGGUCAUGUAUCCUGACGUUGAUAAAGUAUCUUUGCCGGUUCAGAUCGUGCAUACAGAUACUGUUGUCCCUGGGUAUUCCGCGCAAGAGGUGGUUUCAAAUGGCGAGCCUAUUGCGGAUAAUCAUAGACACCAUUUACAAUGA